CACUACGUGAGACACUCGGAGGGAAACCUUUCUUCUUGACUGGUGAAAAACAUGGCACUCAUGAGGUCAGGCUGGCUUUGGAGACAGACGUCUGUGCUGAAGCGCUGGAAGUUGAACUGGUGUGACCUCUGGGUGGAUGGCAGCUUUUGCUUCUACAAGAGCGACAGCCGUCGAGAGCUGGUGUAUCGCGUCAACCUCAAGCUCACAUGCGCAGAUGUGCGCUGCGGCCUAGAAUGUCAAGGGGUGACGCCACCUGAGACGAACCCCCGCGAGAACAUCAUCGUGGUGCAAUUCAAGGACAGCUCAACGAUGAACCUGUGCGCCAACAGCGAGGAUGAGUCCAUCGCAUGGAAACUGACCGUGCUGGAGACCAGGAGGAACCCGGUGUUCAUGUACGAUCCCUACAAUGAUUCCUAUGAGGCCAUACCCCUUAACCACUUUCACACAUUCUAUGUGACGCCAGGAGCAGGAACAGGCACCCACCAGUUGAUCGUCCAGAGGGACGGAGCAUUUGACCACCUCGCCAUGGGAUUACUGGCAGGCAUAGCAACGGGAGCGGCCAUGCGCUCCUUCCUCUGGGCGCCCAUGUUCUUCUGCUGAGACGAGUCAAUUCUGCACCUUUAGCUUAAACAUUCAUAUGAGAUCAGAGACACAUUUAGCUUAACAAUUCAUACGAGAUCAGGAGGCUCUUUUGUAACUUCAGUUUGCUUUUGGUCAUUGCUACUCAUGUGCAAUUAGGUUUUCUCCCGUGUGGUAGCUGCAGCUAUGUGAUUAUUCUUGUCUUGUGUUUAAAGUACAAAUCAUGAACCAAAUGCGUUUAAGUG